GCAAACACACAAACAUUUUCUCAUCUACUCCUAAUUAUUUUAUCUUCUCUCUCUAAAAGUCUAAACCCCCAUUUUUAGAGAGAGAAAAACUCACACCAAUUUCCAUCUUCUUCUUCAUCUUUUCCCCUGUUGUUUUUUUUAAUUUUUUGUAUGGAUCUCUUCUGCUGCUGAUCUGGAGAAAUUUGAGGUGAUAAGAGAGUUUCUGGGUGGAAAAAAAGGGGAGCAAUUUGUGAAGAUGUCAUCUCUAAGUAGAGAGCUUGUGUUCUUAAUUUUACAGUUUUUAGAUGAAGAGAAGUUCAAAGAAACUGUUCACAAGCUUGAACAGGAAUCUGGGUUUUUCUUUAAUAUGAAGUAUUUUGAGGAUGAGGUGCAUAAUGGGAAUUGGGAUGAGGUUGAGAGGUAUCUGUCCGGUUUUACGAAAGUCGAUGAUAACCGAUACUCCAUGAAAAUAUUCUUUGAAAUUCGAAAGCAAAAGUACCUAGAGGCAUUGGACAAGCAUGAUCGGUCGAAGGCAGUGGAUAUACUUGUGAAGGAUCUGAAGGUUUUCGCUUCGUUUAAUGAAGAGUUGUUUAAGGAAAUUACCCAGCUGUUGACGCUGGAUAAUUUCAGGGAGAAUGAGCAGUUGUCUAAGUAUGGAGAUACAAAAUCUGCUAGGGCAAUCAUGUUGGUUGAGCUAAAGAAGCUAAUUGAAGCCAAUCCCUUGUUUCGGGACAAAUUGCAAUUUCCAAACCUUAAGAAUUCUAGGUUGCGGACGCUGAUCAACCAAAGCUUGAAUUGGCAGCACCAACUGUGCAAAAACCCAAGGCCAAAUCCAGAUAUUAAGACACUGUUUGUGGAUCACUCUUGUGGACAACCAAACGGUGCUCGUGCUCCAUCACCGGCAAAUAACCCACUCUUAGGUUCAUUGCCAAAAGCAGGAGGCUUUCCACCUUUGGGUGCACAUGGGCCUUUUCAGCCAACACCAGCGCAAGUGCCUGCCCCCCUUGCUGGGUGGAUGUCCAAUCCUGCUACCGUGACUCAUCCUGCUGUAUCUGGUGGCCCUAUUGGGCUUGGUGCUCCGUCAAUGCCUGCUGCGUUAAAGCAUCCAAGGACUCCUCCAACAAAUUCAUCCAUGGAUUAUCCAUCUGGAGACUCUGAUCAUGUUGCCAAGAGAACAAGACCAAUGGGAAUUGCUGAUGAGGUUAAUCUUCCUGUCAAUGUAAUGCCAGUGUCAUUCCCAGGCCAUGGUCAUAGUCAGGCGUUCAGUGUACCUGAUGAUUUACCCAAGACUGUUGUUAGGACUUUGAAUCAGGGGUCGAAUCCUAUGAGCAUGGAUUUUCAUCCUGUUCAGAUUACACUACUUCUGGUUGGUACAAAUGUUGGAGAUAUAGCAUUAUGGGAAGUAGGCAACCGUGAAAGGUUGGUUUUGAGAAAUUUCAAAGUUUGGGAUCUUAGUACGUGUUCAAUGCCUCUUCAGUCAGCUCUAGUCAAAGAUCCUGCUGUAUCUGUUAACCGUGUAAUUUGGAGCCCUGAUGGAUCCUUGUUUGGGGUUGCAUACUCAAGGCACAUUGUACAAAUCUAUUCACAUCAUGGCGGUGAAGAUGUACGACAACAUUUGGAGAUUGAUGCCCAUGUGGGAGGAGUGAAUGAUAUUGCCUUUUCUACUCCUAACAAACAACUUUGUGUCAUUACGUGUGGGGAUGACAAGACCAUUAAAGUGUGGGAUGCUGCUACUGGUACAAAGCAGUAUACCUUUGAAGGCCACGAGGCUCCUGUAUACUCAGUGUGCCCACAUUACAAAGAAAACAUACAGUUUAUAUUUUCAACUGCUGUUGAUGGGAAGAUAAAAGCUUGGUUAUAUGACAAUCUGGGCUCUCGAGUGGAUUAUGAUGCUCCAGGCCGAUGGUGCACAACCAUGGCUUAUAGUCAAGAUGGGACCAGAUUGUUUUCAUGUGGCACCAGUAAAGAUGGUGAGUCACAUAUUGUUGAAUGGAAUGAAAGCGAAGGUGCCGUGAAGCGAACAUAUCAAGGGUUUAGGAAAAGAUCACUAGGUGUAGUUCAGUUUGAUACGACUAAGAACCGAUAUUUGGCUGCCGGUGAUGAUUUCUCCAUUAAGUUCUGGGAUAUGGACAAUGUGCAGCUAUUAACUUCCAUUGAUGCUGACGGUGGACUCCCAGCAAGUCCACGUAUCCGUUUCAACAAAGAUGGCACACUUUUAGCCAUCUCUGCUAGUGAAAAUGGAAUAAAAAUCAUGGCUAAUGCUGAUGGCCUCCGGCUAUUACGGACAUAUGAAAAUCUUUCUUACGAUUCCUCCAGAGCAUCUGAAUCUUUGACAAAGCCUUCAAUAAAUCCCAUUUCUGCUGCCGCCGCUGCAGCAGCUGCAGCUGCAGCUGCAACUAGUUCUGGGCUUCCUGACCGAAGCGGUCCCAUGAUUUCCAUGGGUGGAAUGAAUGGAGAUGCUAGAAGUAUGGGAGAUGCUAGAAGUAUGGGAGAUGCUAGAAGUAUGGGAGAUGUAAAAUCACGAAUUCUUGAAGAAACUAAUGACAAAUCAAAGAUUUGGAAGCUUUGUGAAAUCAGUGAACCAUCUCAGUGCCGGUCAUUGCGACUGCCCGAACAUAUGAGAGCGGCCAAGAUAUCGAGACUGAUCUAUACAAACUCAGGUAAUGCUAUCUUGGCAUUGGCAUCAAAUGCAAUUCACUUGCUGUGGAAAUGGCAGAGAAAUGAACGUAACUCGAGUGGGAAGGCAUCCGCUAAUGUUCCACCUCAGCUCUGGCAACCUUCUAGUGGCAUUUUGAUGACAAAUGAUGUCUCUGAUGCAAGUUCUGAAGAGGCCGUACCUUGCUUCGCUUUGUCCAAGAAUGAUUCUUAUGUAAUGUCAGCAUCAGGAGGGAAGAUUUCCCUUUUCAAUAUGAUGACAUUUAAGACAAUGACGGUCUUUAUGCCUCCACCACCCGCAGCAACAUUUCUUGCUUUCCAUCCCCAAGAUAACAAUAUAAUUGCUAUUGGCAUGGAUGAUUCAAGUAUCCAGAUAUAUAAUGUUCGAGUAGAUGAGGUUAAAAGCAAGUUAAAAGGUCACUCAAAAAGAAUAACUGGUUUGGCCUUCUCACAUUCGUUAAAUGUCUUGGUCUCCUCGGGUGCCGAUGCUCAGAUAUGUGUAUGGAGCUCAGAUAAUUGGGAAAAACAAAGGUCUAAAUUUCUGCAGCUUCCUGCGGGAAGAGCACCGACAGCACAAUCAGAUACACGUGUCCAAUUUCAUCAAGACCAAAUACAUUUCCUAGUUGUGCAUGAGACUCAGCUUGCAAUAUUUGAAACAAAACAAUUAGAUUGUGUUAAGCAGUGGGUUCCACGCGAAUCUUCUGCACCAAUCUCCCAUGCUACAUUUUCCUGUGAUAGUCAACUUGUAUAUGCGAGCUUCUUGGAUGCGACUGUUUGUGUGUUCAGUGCUGCGAAUCUCAGACUAAGAUGUCGUAUUAAUCCUAAUGCAUAUCUCCCACCCAAUGUCAGUAGUUCUAAUGUCCAUCCGCUCGUCAUCGCUGCACAUCCUCAAGAAGCAAACCAAUUUGCAGUAGGACUUUCCGAUGGCGGUGUUCACGUAUUCGAACCACUCGAAUCGGAAGGAAAAUGGGGCGUACCCCCACCUAUGGAAAAUGGAUCGGCUGGCAGUGUGCCAACUACACCUUCAGUAGGACCUUCAGGCUCGGAUCAACAACAAAGAUGAUGACGCAACCAAGCUGUUUUAGAGCAUGAGUUAGUCUAAACUCAUGCUCUAUUUUGUUGGGACUAUUUUCUAUCUAGGUGUAGGUUUCUGGGAAUGUAUUUACUCAUGUUCUGUUGUGCAGUUUAAGGUAUAUGAUGUAUGUUUAGAGAUUUAACAUGUUUUGGGGGUCAAGAGCAACGUAAGGUAUAUACAGUAGGAGUACGUGUUCUCUUUUGUGUUAAAAAUGAAAUUAUCUUUUGAAGAUUCCGAUUUAUUCGUUUUUAGCUUGUACCA